AUGAAUCGAUUCUUUCUCCUAGAUCCAGUUGAAGUAGAUUCGCCGUCAUUGCUGUUUCCGGUACGUGGCCACUGCUCCGCGAGCGAGUUGUCUCACAAUACUGCCUGGAAAUGCCGACAUUUUCGCUGCGGAUGUAACGCCGCGGACAUUUUUAUGAUCAUGAAGAAGAAGGUUGACCAGAUCUGGACUCAGGGCAGCCGACUCGGAAAGCGGAAAGCGGAAAGCGGAAAGCGGAAAGCGGAAAGCGGAAAGCGGAAAGCGGCUGAUCCUUAUCACGCACAGCGCAGUGGAUUACUUACGUAA